UGGAGGACAUUUAAAGGCACCUCAGAAGUGAUUAAAGUGUCAAACAGUGGAGGAAUUCAUUUAGAGGUUGGUGAUGUUAAGAAGAGGAGGCAGCAGUCUUUCCUCUUAAAAACAAAAAGCCAUGAGUGACCUGCCCUUCCAGGGUCUGAUGCAGCUGAUUGCUGCCAUGGAGGAGCUGGAGAAGCAGCUGGAGAAUCUCAACAACAGCCUCAGCUGGGUUUUCCAGGCUUCUUCUGUCCGGACACGUCGUCAGAUUUCGGUUAGAGGAGCAAAAAGAGUUCAGAGGCGGAGACGCCUCAAAGGAGUUCAGCUUUCUGAAGGCACUCAGAUCCUGGAUGAAAGAAGCAGAUUGAUGAAACUAGCGAUGGAAAACUGCCCCAAUCAGACUGUCCAGAUGUGGCUUAGAGAAAAUACAGCAUCACACAGGUUCACCAAGCUGGUCGAGAUGUUUAACCUCCUGCAAACACAUAUUGCUGCAGAAGAAAAGAAGAACCACAGCAGUACUGUGGACGUCACCAUCGUAGCUCAUGGAGCGAUCGCAGACUUCAUGAUUCCAGCCAGCUGUCUGCUGCCUCUGGCCUCCAUCAGAGACGUGGUGCUUUAUGCUCCCUGGAACUGCUUCACGUCUGGUUUAGGGUACGGCAUCGCCUCAGGAAAACUAAGACCUCACCACAGGAUCUUCUACUGCUCCAAGAAGAAUGGCUGCUCCGUACCUGAUGAAAAACAUCGACCCAAGAAACUACCAGACCACUGGAACUCCAUGAAGAACGCUGGAGACCAGAUGGUCCCCAACAUCACAGUUAGUCCUCUUCGACCAGAUGAUGGCGUGUGGAAAAGCUUUGAGUGUCUCACCAAAAAACACGGUCCGAUAGGAAGAAACCGGAUCGUGAUCCCGUUCAUCCUUCCAGGAAAAGAAGCAGAGAGCGUCCCGUUCUCUGUGGUCACCUUGGCUCUGUCUCUGGUUCUGCUCCAGUCCAGGUUUAAAGCCACCGUCCACCUGGACGCCUGCCUGGGAGACAGAUCUGUGGGACAGAAGUUUGAUCAAAUCUACCUGGAGCAGCAGUAUGCCUGUGCUAUGGACAGCACUGGACUGGCAUGCUCUGCUGAAAUGUUCAGUCUGACCAGUUAAACAGUCCAGCUUUAAUGAAACAAGGUAGAAACAGCGCAGUGCUAUCUGCACAGCACUUUCAUUACAACCAAACAUUACAUUCUCUGACUUCUUCUUCAAUGUCUAAAAAAAACACUUUUAAU